CCUCGAGUGACUCACAGAGGAGGGGCCACGGGGCUCAAAGAUCUCUGUGAGCCGGCAAUGCCAAGAGUCUCUGAGGAUCGUCCUUGCACCCCCUCCACUCCAUCCUCCAACGGGGACAUCCAGGAUAGGGGCCCUUUCCAGGUGAGCUCCUGCCCCUCGGGUGGGAACCUCACCGUAGGUCAGAGCUUCUCACAGAUCAGAACUUUCCUGACAGGUGAAGCCUCUCCCGGCAGGGGAGAGCUUCCCUCCAGGUAAGAUUCCCCCCUCUGCGAUCCAUUCCCAGGUGAGAGUUUUCUCCCAUUACAGGUGGGAGCCUCCCCCAGGUCAGAGCUUCCCUUAGGUGAGAAUACUCUCCAGACGAGAACCUUCCUGGCAGGUGAAAACUUUCCCUGCUAGUGAAAGCUUUCCCCCAGGUAAGCGCUCCCCCUCCAAGAGCUCCUAUGCCCAAGUGAGAACUAUUUUUGGGACAGCUUCCCCCAGGUAAGAACUGUCCCCCCUUCCCCUCCAGAUCUCCUAUUCCCAAGUGAGAUCUUUUCCCUUAAUCAGGUGGUAGCCACUGGGCAGAUCAGAGUUUCUCCCCAGGACAGAACUUACCUAGCUGGUGAAAACUUUCCUGUUAGGUGAGAGCUUUUCCUUAGGCGAGAUCCUCCCGGAGAUCUAUUCCCAGGUGAGAUUGACCCCCCUUGAAUUGGGGGCUUCUCUUUGCAGGGGGAAAACUCUCCCUCCCGGUGAGAGCCAUCCCCUGGCUUUCCCAGAUUAGGCCUGAGCUUGUCCAGGUCUACAACCUGGACCCUGUGGCUGGAGGCCCCGGGGCAAUCUUAGCCCCAACACUUUCCUUCUCAUAGAGCCUUCUCAUGUGAAGAGAGACUUGCCUGAUUUGCUGGAUUCCUUCCUUGCGUGUGCUCUCAGACAGCAUGCGCUGGGCUCGUGGGGCAGCUGGAUAAGGACUCGGACUGGACUGGGAUUGGCUGGAGAAGAGUUGAGGCUGGGGGGAGGGGGCUGGAAGGGACAGUCAGCCUGGAACCUAGAUUGGUGAACACUCAGGGCUGGACUGAAGUGUGGCUUGUGUUCAUCCUGCUGCCUCUUUGUGGGAGACUUUGGCCCAGCAAGAGUCUUCCACCAGCCAAAGUUCAGGUACUGCCCCUGCCUGGGCCUGGGCAUAGGGCCUGCAGGAGCCAGCUGGAGGGUUGGACCUACCUAGAUCUUGGGACCUAGAAAAGUCAGACAGAGGGACACACAGGCACUGCUGUCCACAACGCAGGCAAUGGAGCUGAGGAGGCGAGAUUACCAUGUGGAGCGGCCACUGCUGAACCAAGAACAGCUGGAGGAGCUGGGGAGCCGGAGCUCAGUGACUGGGACCCUCCAAUGGCGAACCUGGUUUCGGUGCUCCCAUGCUCGGGCCCGAGCCCUUCUGCUCCAGUACUUCCCAGUUUUGGCCUGGCUACCCCAGUAUCCUGUGCGUGACUGGCUUCUGGGUGACUUGUUGUCUGGCCUGAGUGUGGCCAUUAUGCAGCUACCACAGGGCCUGGCCUAUGCCCUCCUGGCUGGACUGCCCCCCGUGUUUGGCCUCUACAGCUCCUUCUAUCCCGUCUUUAUCUAUUUCCUGUUCGGCACUUCCCGGCACAUCUCCGUGGGCACCUUUGCUGUCAUGUCCGUGAUGGUGGGCAGUGUGACAGAAUCACUGGCUCCAGAUGAAGCCUUCCUGCAGGCCUCGAACUCCACUGUUGAUGUGGUGGCCAGAGAUGCUGCUCGGGUUCAGGUGGCCUCCACACUCAGUGUCCUUGUUGGCCUCUUCCAGGUGGGGCUGGGCCUGGUCCAUUUCGGCUUCGUGGUCACCUAUCUGUCAGAGCCUCUGGUCCGAGCCUAUACCACAGCUGCGUCUGUGCAGGUCUUCGUCUCGCAGCUCAAGUAUGUGUUUGGCCUCCAUCUGAGCAGCCACUCUGGGCCACUGUCCCUCAUCUAUACAGUACUGGAGGUCUGCUGGAAGCUGCCCCAGACUGUGGUCGGCACCAUGGUCACCGCAGUUGUGGCAGGGGUGGUUCUCGUGCUGGUGAAGCUGUUCAAUGACAAGCUGCGGCGACAACUGCCCAUGCCGCUCCCCGGGGAGCUGCUCACGCUCAUCGGGGCCACAGGCAUCUCCUACGGCGUGGGACUGCAGCACAGAUUUGGGGUGGAUGUCGUGGGCAAAAUCCCUGCAGGGCUGGUGCCCCCAGUGGCCCCCAGCCCCCAGCUGUUCGCAAGGCUUGUGGGAAAUGCCUUCGCCAUUGCUGUGGUUGGUUUCGCCAUUGCCAUCUCGCUGGGGAAGAUCUUCGCCCUGAGGCAUGGCUACCGGGUGGACAGCAACCAGGAGCUGGUGGCACUUGGCCUCAGUAACCUCAUCGGGGGCAUCUUUCAGUGCUUCCCUGUGAGCUGCUCUAUGUCUCGGAGCCUGGUACAGGAGAGCACCGGGGGCAACACACAGGUGGCUGGAGCCAUCUCCUCCCUUUUCAUCCUCAUUAUCAUCGUCAAACUUGGAGAACUCUUCCAAGACCUGCCCAAGGCAGUCCUGGCUGCUGUCGUCAUUGUGAACCUGAAGGGCAUGUUGAUGCAGUUCACCGACAUAUGCUCCCUCUGGAAGGCAAAUCGAGUGGAUCUGCUUAUCUGGCUGGUGACCUUUGUGGCCACCAUCCUGCUGAACCUGGACCUUGGCCUGGCAGUUGCGGUAGUCUUCUCCCUGCUGCUCGUGGUGGUCCGCACACAGCUGCCCCACUACGCUGUCCUGGGACAGGUGCCAGACACAGAUAUUUACAGAGAUGUGGCAGAGUACUCAGAAGCCAGGGAGGUCCCGGGCGUGAAGGUCUUCCGCUCCUCGGCCACCAUGUACUUUGCCAACGCUGAGCUCUACAGUGACACGCUGAAGCAGAGGUGCGGUGUGAACGUGGACCACCUCAUCUCCCAGAAGAAGAAACUGCUCAGGAAGCAGGAGCUAAAGCUGAAGCGACUUCAGAAAGAGAAUAAGCUCCCGAAACAGGCUGCCGCCUCCAAGGGCACUUCCAUUUCCAUCAAUGUCAACACCAGUGUCACAGACAUUGAGAGCAACGAUGUGGAGGGCUCCAAGGCCAAGCAGGUGAGCGCAGGGACUGAGCUAGAGGAUACAGCAGCCAGGGGUCAAGAAGAUGCCAAGGCCCCAGACAUGUCCUCACUGAAGACCCUGGGCCUGCCUCAGCCAGAUUUCCACAGCCUCAUCCUGGACCUGAGUUCCCUUUCCUUCGUGGACACUGUGUGUCUCAAGAGCUUGAAGAAUCUCCCGUGGUCACGCAGCUUGAGGCGGGGCACUUCUUCGAUGCAUCUAUCACCAAGCAGCAUCUCUUUGCCUCUGUCCACGAUGCUGUCAUCUUUGCACUCCAACACCAAAGGUCCAGCCCUGUCAACCCUGUUUUGGUUACCAAACUCUGACCGUGCUGCCACCCUGCCUGAGACUGCCCACCUCUGGAGGUUGCGACCGGUUACCCGUGAGGACCCCCUACCCCUGGGCUGCCUCCAGAUGUCACCCAGGAGUCCCCUCCGUACGCACGCACAUAACUCAGGGAUGGAGGUUCUGGGACUCCAAGUUCAGUGCUCUAGGCCUGGGAUAAGGCACUGGCCAAGUUGGAGGAGCAUGCAUGUUUUUAGUCUCAGGAAUAAAGAUUUGUUUGCCCAAUGCCAGGCUCUGCUGUGGCUUGGUGGGGCCUUGGCAGGGGCAAGGGUAUAGUCCAUAGCCCUGGCUCCUGACCCUUCUUGUGCCCCAAAGUGGGAAUUGGGGUUGGAAGC